CCGCCCCGAGGCCCCGUCCCCGAAGGAGGCGGAGCCUCGCCCGGCAAGAUGGCGCCGCCCGUGCUGUGCCGCCCGGUCUCCCGGCUCCUGGCUCCGGCCCGGCUCCCGAGCGCCCCUCGGGCGCGGUGGAAGUUCUACGUUCGGGAGCCGCCGCGGGACGGCCCCGACUGGCCGAAGGUCGGGCUGACCUUGGGCACCGCCGUCGCCCUGUGGAUCCACCUAAUCAAAAAACAUAAUGAAGAUGUUUUAGAGUAUAAAAGAAGAAAUGGGUUGGAAUAAACCAUUGAAAUACUAAUAUAGUAUGCUCCACGUUGUGAUUAUACUAGUUCCUUUGGAUUCAGCAACCUGUUAAGUUGUAAACAUGAGAGAAAAAGUCAUAUGUGAAUAUGUGAAUGUAUGCCAAAUCAGCAUUUGUGUUUUGCAUCUUUAAAUGAAAAAAUAAAAAUACUAAUGUAUUCAGAUUAUGCAUAUUUUAACUAUGUAGAACAUGUCAGUUCUAAAGUACAUAACUUGAAGUAUUCUGAUGGAAAAGUACCAUCUGAUAAUGGGGUCGGUGGUAAUAAGGGUACGUUGGUAAGAAAACUUGUUAAGGAGAUAAAUUAAAAAUCGCUGCUGAAGGA